GCUGAUAUGAAAGGUGAUGCUAUCCCAAAAGGAUGGGCUGUUGAUAAAGAUGGAAAUGAUACUGUUGAUUGUUCAACAAUGUACGGCAUUCAUCCCCUUGGUGGAAGAGAAAACACAUCAGGAUAUAAAGGUUAUGGUUUAGCAGUGAUGGUUGAAAUGUUUUGUUCUAUGUUGAGUGGAUCUUUAUGUGGGUACAAUAUGGAAGUAGGUGUUCACGAUGUCGACUGUGUGAGUCAUUGUUUUGUAGCAAUUAAUCCUGGGGCGUUUGAAGAUGGUUUUCAUGACAGACUGUGUGAUAUGAUGACGUUUUGUAGAAAUCUUGAUCCGGUAAUUUAA